GGGAGAUUCAGUGUCCAUUGAGGUGGUGGAGGGGGAGGUCAGCGUCGCUCCUCCCCAUUUAUCCCAUGUGCGCCCCUCCUGCUGGUGAACUGAAGGUGUAGUUAGGUAUGUUGGGAGUAAAAGGAAGAAGAUCUGAGCUUCCUCCAUCUCUUCUUCUCUCCAGGCCAGAUGAUCUCGCGGUAGUACAAGCAAGGAUGGUGGCUGACAGUCGGAGGGGUGCCCUGUAAACCACACCCCACCACCACCACCACCACCAACACCGCCACUACCACCACCAGCGCCACCACCACCGCAAGCAACAGCACCAGCACAGCCUCGCCUCCGCCUUCACGUCGCCAUGGGGAACAAGCUGUCGUGCUCCUGUGCCCCGCUCAUCAAGAAGACAGGCUACAGGUAUGAGGACUCGCCGUGGAACCCUGCAAGACGGCGCGACGGACACUUGCUCAGGCUAUGGGCGGAGGUGUUCCACGUGUCCUCGUCAGGGUCAGGUACGGUGAAGUGGCAGCAGGUGAGCGAGGACUUGGUGCCUGUCAAUAUCACGUGCAUUCAGGACCCCGGAGUGCGUCUUCCACAUCACCGCCUACAACUCACAGGUGGACAAGAUUCUCGACGUGCGACUCAUCCAGCCAGCUCUCCUCCUCCCCGUGGUACUACUCCUCCACUCUCAGUCACCAGCUCUUCUCCUCCUCCAUUCCCGGUCACCACCUGUCCUCCUUCCCCCCUGGUGCCCCUCUACUUCCGGUCACCAGCUGUCCUCCUUCCCCCCUGGUGCCCCUCUACUUCCGGUCACCAGCUGUCCUCCUUCCCCUCUGGUGCUCCUCCACUCCCGGUUACCAAGUCUCCUCCACUCCCUGGUCACCAGCUGUCCUCCUUCCCCUCUGGUGCUCCUCUACUCCCGGUCACCAAUUCUCCUCCACUCCCGUCCCCCUCGUUCAAGUUCUCACGGAAAGCCUCCUCCUCCUACAACCUGAAGCUGGAACCAGUGCGGGGGGGCGUGGGAGGGGGCGGGGGUGGCGGCAAGGCGAAGGGGGGGCGCAGGAAGCCGGUGUCCACCCCAGCCUCCCCCAGCCGAGCACGGGAACCCCAGUGCACGUGCAUGACGGCCGAGCAGUACGCCAGACUACGUGCACAGGACCCAAGAUACAGAGGGCGCGAGGCCGAGUGUCCCGGGGCCGAGGGAGGGAGGUGCGGGCGGCCCUGCAGCGUGGGCGGGACACACACAGGCGCCACGGGUCUCUACGAUAACCUGCCUGGCCACUGGGCGUCCACGCUGCCGCGCACCCAGGGUGGCCGCGGCGUUGUGGAGGGAACAGCGACGCGCCCCGCGGGGCACGCCGCCGCCGCCACACAGGCCGCCGCCGCCGCGCCCACACAGACUGGCGCUGGGGACACGCUGGCGGCGCGGCGCGGCGGGGCGGACACUUACUCCACCAUGAAGGUGGGGCGCGAUCCCCGCCAGCCGCCCUCGCACCACGCCUCGCAGGCCUCGCUGCACCACAAGGCCUCCGCCCCGCUCACCCGCAAGGAGGAGGCCGCCGCCGCCGCUGCUGCUGCCGCCUCUGGUGUGGCGGGGACUGGCGCGAGCGGCGGCGGCGCUGCGGAGUCAGGCGGGGGCGGGGGCCGCGAGAGCCGCGGGCCCGGGGGGCGCGCCGCGCGGCGGGAGCUGUCCUCCAAGAGCGUGGACUACUCCGAGAUGGACACGGUGCGCGAGGGCGACGCCCUGCGGAGGCGCGCGCGCUCCCGCAGCACGGACGACGUGACCAAAGGUGAAGACGCCGAGCUGGCCCUCGAUAGCUCUACUCUUAAGAAAAUGCUGCAGCCCAUGGCAGGCGGCGACUCCCCGACGACCUCCCCGGAGCAGGCGUGGCCCCGCGGGGCGGCCCGGGGCGGGGCGCUCGACCAAUUCCUGCGGGGGGCCCUCGGCGGGGGGUCCCUCGGUGGGGGGGAUCCCUCCGGCGGGUACGCCGACGGCUUCCAGUCCGAGGGUGAGGCGCCCCGCCCGCACCGCCUCACCCCGUCCCGGUCGGCCAUGAGUGUGUUGGGCGGGGGGGGGGGCGGGGGCGGGGGCGCGGGCCGCGGGUUCCGCCUGGACCUUGGCGAGCGGGAGUCGCCGCCAUCUGACCACCAGCUGUUCGACCUGGCCUGCUACGCCACCACGCCCUCCUCAAUGUUCUUCAUGUAG